AUGGAGAAAGAGUCAAUUAUUGGGAGCAAUAACAUGAUGUCUAGUGUUAGAGAUAAAAGCGGAGGGGAUGGGUCGUUGCUGUUGAGGGCAAGUUCCGAUGGCGCUAGGCAAGGCACGACGUCGGAUUUGGUGUUGCAGUGGGGGAAUGGGAAGCGGUUAAGGUGCAUGAAAGUGCAGGUUAAGGACGAUUCUUCAGGCCCGGUUCAGAGGACAACGGUUCGGGUGGAUCGCCGGGUCGUUAGAACCGAUAAGGAUUCUUUAAAUAAACCCACCUUCGGUGUCAAUAAUAACACGCUUGGAGUUGUACACACUCAUAAUAAUAACAAUCAUCAUCAUAAUCAGAGUAACGGGUAUCCAAAUCUCCGUCAACGUCCAUCUUCGCCGCAACCACGAAUUCUCAGGAACUCAGAAGGUUCAAGUGCCAUGAGAGGAGGACAAAGCAACGGGGGUGUUAGGGGAAUUGCCUCACCGGACAGGGGUGCGCACGAUAAGAGGACCACCCAUAACAACCACCUUAAUGACAACAACAAGUCCGCAGCCUCAUCGGAUACUGCGCACGAUAGCAAGAAGGGAGGCUCCCCCUCCGGCAGCGGUGACGCUCCUCCGCCCGUGUGGCCACCCAAGUUCGUGAUUGCCUUAACCAACAAGGAGAAGGAAGAAGAUUUUCUCGCCAUUAAGGGCUCUAAGCUGCCUCAGAGACCCAAGAAGAGAGCUAAAUUCAUUCAACGCACCCUCAAUCUCGUUAGUCCUGGCGCAUGGUUGUGCGAUCUUACCUUGGAACGAUACGAGGUUAGGGAGAAGAAGAUAUCCAAAAAGAGACCAAGAGGUUUGAAAGCAAUGGGAAACAUGGAGUCGGACUCUGAAUAG